UUUUUUCUUUAUUAACUUGCCUUAAGUGGAAGUAGUGUUAUGUAUUGCACCAGGUUUUUUUUAGAUAAAAAAAAAAUGCAAAAUAUAUUUAUAUCAAUAUUCAAUAUUUAUUUCUUGGUUGGGUGUUAGAUGUUUUAUUUAUUACACCUGUAGUAUUUGUUCGCUUUUAACUACUUCCUUACACACCUUAGCAUUGAAUGGAGACUACACUUGACUUAGAUCGCCUUGGCAUUGAACCCGAUCAAAAUAUCGAUAUAAAAAAUCGAUAGAUGAUAUCAGAAUCGACCCAGGCGCGGGGCGGAAGCCGUACCGCCCUUGACUGUGUGGAAGGCCGGAGCUCCUACUCUAUAUAGUCACUCUCUUCGCCGAGUGUAGUCUUAGUGUUGAGUCCGCUCCCGACCUGUUUAGUCCUCAGCUGCGAUGCAGAACGGAGUUGUUCUUUUGUUCCUCAGCCUGCUUUCUGUCGCGCUUGCGCAGGUCUUUUUGCCAGUAUCCCUGACCGCGCCUCCGGUCGGAGGAGAGAACGUCUUCUUCCGGCAGUCGGCCCCUCUCGCUCAUAGAGAUGUCCUCAUCAACGCCGAAGCCGAAUCACACCUUCCUCCGCAUCUGACCAACUCCUUCUACAGAAACCCGAGGAUCGCCGACGCCUUGGCGAAGGAGUCCUGGUUCGGCCCGGGGGAGAUGCACGUCAGCAUGAGAGAGACUUCCAAGAUCCCCAGGGGAAAGAUCUUCAGCGUCCUCAAGAACGCAGGUCUCGCACGCAGGAGGAGGUAAAUUGGCCACGACGUAUAAGGGAACAUACCACACAAAAUAAUUUUACACCAUAUUAACAAAGGGAUCUCGAAGGGUAACCAUUAUGUUUAAAAUAAGUCUCAAUCCAUUCCCUAAGUUACCUUUAAUAAAUAAUAUCUGAAUUAGUCGAACAAAAAAAAAAAUAUUAUAGAGGGAAACCUCUCUUCAAAGGACACUCGUAAAUUAGGCAUUUUAUGUUAUUAACUUGCCUAUUAAUAUACUGUUGAAAAUUAAACUUUUACUAAAAUAUUCUGUAAAAACAAUAAAUUUUGACAAAAAAUUAAAUUAAUUAUGUAAUACAUUCUAAAUAUCAGAAACAGGCAUUUCGUUAAAUACAAUUAUAUCAUUAAUUCUAGCUCCACUUUUUAAAAAUAAAAAAUAAAAUGAUUCAUUUUUGUGAACCAAAAUUAUGUAAGAAAAGUUCAAAGUAAUUUAAGAAAUACCCACCCACAUUUGUAUAAAUAUGUACAUACAUAUCUUGAAGUUAUUCAUUUUUUUUAAUCAAUAUGUCUGAGUCGUUUUUGUUUUGUUUAUUCAGAACAUUUCAAGAAUGUCCGUACUUUAUUACUAUAAAACAAAUAAGUAGAAAUAGCAAAUUUCCAAAAAAUACAAAAAAAAAAAAUAGAUUUUAUGUGCAGAACUUAAUAAAGAAUAAAUUCCUCAGACUGUUGCCUGUCUCUUGUUGAGAGGUUUCACUGUAGUCAAUAAAAAUAAAAUUUGACUGUUUUACUUAGUGUAACAACAUUUAUCUAUCUAAAUACAAAAUAUACGAUUAGUCGAAGAAAAUUUUUAACAAGUAUGAUCGUAUUACUCAUAAUAAUCAAUAUAAGAUUAGCAAAUAUUAUUUGCAUAUAAUUGUAUAAAAUCAGAUUAAUGUUAAUAAUUAUGCAAUUUUACUUUUCAAAUAUAUUUUUUUUACAAUUGUAAUUUUAUGUAUAUUAUUUAACAUGUUUUGAUAAAUUUUAAUAUUGAAGUAGAAUGUGUAUAUUCAACUGUGAUUGUAAUUUUUGUGAACUAUAUCAUAUAUAUAUAUUAUCGACAUUGUUUUAUUCCUAUUAUAAUUUUUGUGUAUCCUAGUCUAGAUUAUUUCCAUGUACAGUGUUAAGUUGUUUUUUUUUUAAUUACUAUUAUUAGUUAACUGAUUACUGUUAUAUAAAUAUUAGAAAACAUUACUCAACAUUUAUGUAAAUAAAGCAUAUACUUUUUGUGGUUUUUUUAUUUAUUUAUUCCUACUUACUAUGUAAUAAUUAUAUUUAAGUGUAUUAAUUUAAAAGCUCAGUGGAUUUUUGUAAAUUAUAAAUUAGUAUUAAGAAUCACUCACUAUAUUAAAUAUUUAUAUUUUUUAAUGUUUGUUGUCAUUAGGAAUAAAGUAACUAAUUUGUUAUCG